AUGGCGCCUCCGCCGAUGGUCUGCCCGGACGACCCCCUGGCCACCGAGACCCGCUCGCCGCAGGCCUGGGAGGGGGACCAUGAGAAGUUGGCCAAGGUGGGGUGGCGGAGGCGAAGCGGGUGGGGCGAGUUGUACGGACCGCGUGAUAAUGGGGCGGCGCAAGUUACCUGUCUAUGGAUUUAUUUCUUUGAUUAACAUCGACUUCUCGUUCCUGCAAGAAGCGGUGCAUCAUUGGGUGGUAUGGUAUUAGUCCUGUUGUAAGGGUAGACCCCUCUUAAAUUAGUCCUGCUGAUUAAUUUCAAUGGAUCUAAUCAUGAGCGUAGGCAGGGAGGGGCAGCUGCCCCCCAAUCAAUAAAAAUACAUAGCAAACUGAGGUUUUGCACUCCCAACAAAAGGCCUGCCCCCCCCCCAUCCUGGCUACGCCCAUAGAUCUAAUUCUGAGUAGGACUGCGGACCCUCCAGGUGUCCCUAUUUUCCAGGGACAUCCCUGGUUUAGAGAAGCGGUCCUGGUUUCUGAUUUGAUCCCAGAAUGUCCUGCUUUUCCAUAAGACGUCCCUAUUUUCAUUGGAGAAAUGUUGGAGGGUAUGGCGUUAUCUGAAACCCGCCCCCCCCCUGCCGUCUGAAGGCAAUCCUGUAUAGAGAAGGGAUUUUUUAAUGUUUAAUUAUGUUUUUAUAUAUGUUGGAAGCUGGGGCAACCCAGUAAGAUGUGUGGCAGUAUAAAUAGUAAAAUUAUCGUUAUGGAAUGAGACAUCCCUAUUUUCAUCUAAGAAAUGUUGGUAGUCACCUGAUAAGGAAAUCUCUUAAAAGUCACUCAGUGCAAUUCUAACCAUGUCUGCUCAGGAGUAAGCCCUGUUGCAUUCAGUAGGGUUUACUCCCUGGGAAAUGAGAUUAGGAUUGCAGUCCCGGUUAAGAUAAAGUAUCAGGGGUGUCAUGUAGCACCUUUCUUCAGACCCAGAUAAAAAUAUUGUUAGGAAGCCAGUGGCAACCGCUUCACACAACCAUCAGCAGCCACCAGGAACCAAUUCACAUGUGGAGAGAUUUAAAAUAGACUCCAGUGAGCCAUUUGCUCAGGAUUCAUGUAAAUUGGCUUCAGUGGACGUGCAAGAGAGUAACUGACAGAACAGAAGGUAUUUCUAAUUACACUUUGUACAGCCCUGUUCUUGACUGGUGUAUCUACAAAAAAACAUUGACAGAAGAUAACAUGAGAUACUCUGUUCUUUCACAGAUUCAUUUUAAAAUUUUAAAAGGACAUUCAGCAGCUGUGACCUCCUGUCAUUUCUGUUUUGAUGAAACAAAAGUUCUUUCAGGCUCUUAUGACAGCACAGUGAAACUCUGGGUAAGCUUGUUACAGACCUGAAGCAAGAAAUCUAAUUGAUCAUAUUGCUCUGAAGUCUAAACCGUAAUUUAUCAUAUUAGCACAAAGGUUAAGUGAAUCAUUGUUGAAAGUACCAAACAUACACUCUCUCUAAGGUCGCACUCCUUUGCACACUCAGCUUGGAGUAAGUCCCAUUAUACUCAGUGGAAUUUAUUUCUGAAAUGACAUAUAUAGGAUUGAACUGUAAAGUAUUUGACACAAUUUUACUUGCCAAAUUAAAGUGGUAACUUUCCCACUACUUGCACAAUGAACGCUUGGCCUGCAGAGCUCAUUUUUGUAGGGUGUGGUGAUGGUUCGGUAUAUAUUAUGUUUAAAAAAAGAGUAGAAAGGUUAGAAGCUAUAAAUAAUAUAAAUGGAAAUGUGGGGAAAACAUUCCACUUUUGCAUUGUGGGUACCUCUGAACCUGAGACACUGGGCAGAGAAUAAGAAUACAAUUUAUGCCCUGUGUGGUUGCAUUUGCCUUCAAAUAGCCCAAAAUAGUUGAAGAGAUAAAUGUAUCAUGCAGCCAGUGUAUCAUGUGGCUUCAUCAGGUAAACAGAGGUAAUUGAUUUAUCGGAUGCAAGUUCUGCAGGCAGCUUAUAAGCAGAACUAUUUAGAAUAAUUAAGUGAAAAAAUAUGUGCUAUGAAUUAGCCUUCAUUGUCUUUUUCAGUCUGAACACACUACUGAAUAACCAAGUUUAUCUUUAUUUCUUGAAGGAUAUUGCCGGUGCUGUCUGUAUUCAGACCUUUGAAGGUGAGCACACUGGGCCCAUUUCUGAAUGCUGCCUGAGUCCUGAUAAUAAAAGGUGAUAACACUGUUGCAUUUUAUAUAUUAAUUAGUAAGCCAAGGAACUAAUUAUAUUCAGCAAGUGGGUUUAUAGGAACAGGGAAAAGAAUGAUGACAAAACAGAACGGUCAAUGCAGUCCUGCCUUAGAAAGCCAGUAGGAAAAAUUAUUACCAUGGCUGUGUUGUUACAUAUAUCUUAUAAAAUACUUGAAUCUUUUUUAUUUAAAAAAGUAAAUAGAAUAAUUAGAUUUUAACUCAGUGUUGAUAUAGUAUUACUACCACAUGUAAUGAAGUCCGCAAAAGCUUAUGCCAUAUUAUAGAUGCCAGUCUUUAAGGUGCCACAAAACUGUUGUAUUUGCUGCGAGAGAUGUAACAAUUAUUCCUUGGGAGAGAGUAUUGCCACUGAGCCUGGCUGCUGCAAUGUGGAGGAGCCAAGAGAGGAGCAUAUAUCUGCAGUGCUACUCCAUGAGUUCAUAUUGGGACAAAUGGAAGAUGAUGGGGUGGCUGGGGUCUCACCAGACACCAUCAUCAUGCCACUUGCAGAGAUCAGAUGCAUUCAGUGAGUGCAGCUGAUAUGAGAAGAAAAUUCUAUGUGAAGAUGUACAGUUUUGCAGAGCCAUCUUCAAGGGACGGAGAUAAGCUAAUCCUCCUUUUGCUCCCACAUUUAUUUGCCACAUUGCUGAAUUUAAGACGUCAGUGCAACUGUUGUCAGAACUGAGUGGAGAGCCAGCUAAGAAGCAUGAAGAGUUUCUAUAAACCACUCUUUUGUUUUUUUAACUCUAUUCAUUAAAAGACAACAGCAAUGCAAAUCAGUACAAUAUACCCAAUUAAAUAAAUGCUUUCGCAUUAUGGCUAAUUAAUUUAGAAGAGACAUUAGCUAUCCAAACUGGUUAUAGAUAAGAGGAAAGCAAACAAGCAUGAUAACAAAAUCAUCUUCAUGCCACGUUAAACCAUACCUAAUGUUUAACUGCAAUUUCACGCCAAUGCCCAGCGUGCUCAAAAAUCCCUGCUUUGCUCCUCCUUUGCUCCUGACUGUGCUGAAAUAAAUCAUGAACUUCGCAUUGUCCUGUCAUCUGAACCUGGGCUGCUUGUUUUCCCCAACAACCCAUGAGUGCUAAGCCAAGAACAAACCUGGGCUACUGCUCAUCGAAGAAAAAAUAACUCACAAGCUGAGCCUGAGUUCAGAUGACACAUCAAGUCAAGACUUUGCGGUUUUUUGCUCAUAGCAUUGUGUGGCCAGGAGUAGCUGGGACUUUUAAGCUACAUGAACCAGCUCACUGCUCAUUCGUCUUACACCAGAGCGAAAUGUCUCUUAUGGUUUAAAAGGAUGCACAGACCAGACCACUGCAUUAGUUGUCAAAAUACUGAAAGGCCAUUAGGAUAACAGUGCUUACGUUCUGGGUUAGUCAAGAAAAAUUGUUAUUUUGGUCUAGUGGAGGGUACUGAAAAAUAAACCGUGGGAGACAAAUAUAGAUACUUAUCCACCUUGGAAUAAAUACAAUUGAAUAUCUUUGUUGUAUAAUGGGCCUUAGUGCUUUUUUUUUUACCGCCGUGUCAAUGACAGAGCAGUUACCAAGCAACAUCAACUGCCGGAAAAUGCACAGGAAAGCUAGCCCCAGAAAACCUCAUAUUCAGAAUAGCACGCAAAUUCUAAAUUGAGUCCAAUGACAGCUCAAUCCUGUGGUCUCAGUACAUCAGGCAUCCAUCACUCCAUCGUUGGGAUUCUGUGCACAGCCAUCAGCAGCAGAGGCAACAUUUCAACAGUCGCCAUAGGAACAAAAGCCAUAAUAGCAACAACAACAACAACAGUGCAGCGACUGCAUCUCUGGCAAUCCUGCCCCGUUUCCCAACGUCAACCCUAUAUUAGCCAUGCAGGGGCGACAGCUGAAUGACCCCAUGAUAUAAGGCAGGAUGUGGUGAAGCUUGAAUGUCUUCCCGCCUAGUCUAUGCACGGAAAACCAGGCAACCAGCACGAGACGCAGUUGCUUCUCCGCCGUGUUGCAGUUGGAAGCAGGGCAGCUGCCACAGACUCCAAGGCUGUCUGACAUGGGUACAAAUUGUCUGGCAGCGCAAACACAAGCCGUCUGCAGCAGCUAGCCUUUUGCCAAGCAGGCCAACAGGGAAGAAAGGAGGACUGUUCCAGUCACAACUCCCAGCCAGCUUCAGAGCACAAUAGGUGGGAAACAAGCAUGGGAAGUGCAAGGUCUACCUAGGAGAAAGCUCAAGACCUGCUGUGGCCCAAAUGCUUCCUCAAAACACUCAUCAUCAGACCAUGCCAGCCACUCCCAUUCUGCUGGGUGUCUGUGUGAACAGAGUGUUUUAUUUUCUUUGCAAGAGGAGAUGGUUGCAUGGUCAAGGAAGAGCAGAAAUGCCUAUACAGUGGUACCUUGAUUUUCAAAUGCCUUGGUUCUCAAACUCCAAAAACCCGGAAAUAAAUGUUCCAGUUUUUGAACGUUUUUCGGAAGCUGAACAUCCAUUGCAGCUGUCGGCUAUUGUUUCUGGGGCCUUUGCACCAAUCAGAAGCUGUGCCUUGGUUUCCAGACGUUUCAGAAGUCAAAUGGACUUCUGGAAUGGAUUAAGUUUGGUGCUUUUGUUUUAAUAAUAAUAAUAAUAAUAAUAAUAAUUUAUUAUUUGUACCCCGCCCAUCUGGCUGGGUUUCCCCAGCCACUCUGGGCGGCUUCCAUAGAAACCAAAAAUACAGUAAAAUAUCACAGAUUAAAAACUUCCCUGAACAGGGCUGCCUUAAGAUGUCUUCUAAAUGUCAGGUAGUUAUUUAUCGCUUUGACAUCUGAUGGGAGGGCGUUCCACAGGGCGGGCGCCACUACCGAGAAGGCCCUCUGCCUGGUUCCCUGUAGCUUUGCUUCUCGCAAUGAGGGAACCGCCAGAAGGCCCUCGGCGCUGGACCUCAGCGUCCGGGCAGAACGAUGGGGGUGGAGACGCUCCUUCAGGUAUACUGGGCCGAGGCCGUUUAGGGCUUUAAAGGUCAACACCAGCACUUUGAAUUGUGCUCGGAAACGUACUGGGAGCCAAUGUAGGUCUUUCAAGACCAGUGUUAUGUGGUCUCGGCGGCCGCCCCAGUCACCAGUCUAGCUGCCGCAUUCUGGAUUAGUUGUAGUUUCCGAGUCACCUUCAAAGGUAGCCCCACGUAGAGCGCAUUGCAGUAGUCCAAGCGGGAGAUAACUAGAGCAUGCAUCACUCUGGCGAGACAGUCCGCGGGCAGGUAGGGUCUCAGCCUGCGUACCAGGUGGAGUUGGUAGACAGCUGCCCUGGAUACAGAAUUGACCUGCGCCUCCAUGGACAGCUGUGAGUCCAAAAUGACUCCCAGGCUGCGCACCUGGUCCUUCAGGGGCACAGUUACCCUAUUCAGGACCAGGGAGUCCUCCACACCAGCCCGCCCCCGUCCCCCAAAAACAAUACUUCUGUCUUGUCAGGAUUCAACUUCAAUCCAUUAGCCGCCAUCCAUCCUCCAACCGCCUCCAGGCACUCACACAGGACCUUCACCGCCUUCACUGGUUCUGAUUUGAAAGAGAGGUAGAGCUGGGUAUCAUCUGCAUAUUGAUGGACACCCAGUCCAAACCCCUGAUGAUCUCUCCCAGCGGCUUCAUAUAGAUGUUAAAAAGCAUGGGGGAGAGGACAGAACCCUGAGGCACCCCACAAGUGAGGGCCCAGGGGUCUGAACACUCAUCCCCCCCCACCACUUUCUGAACACAGCCCAGGAGGAAGGAGCGAAACCACUGUAUAACAGUGCCCCCAGCUCCCAGCCCCUCUAGACGGUCCAGAAGGAUGUUAUGGUCGAUUGUAUCAAAGGCCGCUGAGAGAUCCAGCAGAACCAGGAAACAACUCUCACCUUUGUCCCUAGCUCGCCGGAGAUCAUCAACCAGCGCGACCAAGGCAGUUUCAGUCCCAUGGUGAGGCCUGAAUCCCGAUUGGAAGGGAUCCAAAUGGUCCGCAUCCUCCAGGCGUGCCUGGAGUUGUUCAGCAACCACGCGCUCAAUCACCUUGCCCAAGAAUGGAAGAUUUGAGACUGGGCGAUAGUUGGCCAUACUGGCCGGGUCUAAAGAUGGUUUUUUUUAAGAAGCGGCUUAAUGACCGCCUCUUUCAGCGGAUCUGGGAAUGUUCCCUCAGAGAGGGAAGCAUUCACCACCCCGCAGAGCCCAUCGCCCAGCCCUUCCCGGCUUGCUUUUAUUAGCCAGGAUGGGCAAGGAUCAAGGAAACAGGUGGUUGGUUUCACGCAUCCAAGCAGCCUGUCCACAUCCUCGGGAGUAACGGAUUGAAAUUGAUUCCAUGCAACUUGACCAGACAGAGCUCUAGCACUCUCCCGCCCCGGCCCUGCUCCCACAGUGGUGUCUAGCUCCUUCCGAAUAUGAGUGAUUUUAUCUGCAAAAAACUUUGCAAAAUCGUUGCAGGAGAUCUUGGGGUCUUUACAAGGCCCCGGUGGUAAAGGUGGUUCCGUUAAAUUGCAAACCACCUGAAAGAGUCUCCUGCUACUAUUUCUGCAGAUGCAAUAGAGGCGGUGAAGAAAGUCUUCUUCGCCGCCGCUAUCGCCACUUGGUAGGCUCGACGUUGAGCUCUAACCUGUGUCCGGUCAGAUUUUUGCUAUUUAUUUUUUGUUUUUGAGGCUUUUUCUGUUAAUCUGUUUUUGUGACUGUGUGGAACCCAGUUCAGCUACUGAUUGAUUGAUUGCAGAAAUGGAUAAAAGCCCCCCAUCCAAACAAUGAGUAUCAUUGGUGCAGAGAAGAAGAAAAAUUAAAUUUUCAUUUUUAUCAUAUACAAUACUGUCUUAUUUAUUUUAUAGUACAGUACAUUGAUUAUUGCUUUCAUUUUAUGGAUCAAUGGUAUCGUUAGAUAGUAAAAUCCAUGUUAAACUGCUGUUUUAGGGGUUGUUUUUAAAAGUCUGGAACGGAUUAAUUUGUUUUGCAUUACUUUCUAUGGGAAAGUGUGCCUUGGUUUUGGAACGCUUUGGUUUUGGAACGGACUUCUGGAACGGAUUAAGUUUGAGAACCAAGGUACCACUGUAAUAGAGUAAACUCAUACAGAGCAGCACCAGAAGCUUCCGGGAGGAUUAGUGUGAAAGAGCACCAAGGUUGGAUUUGAGUUUCAGUUCAGGAGGUUAUAAAAAUGAUGCCCACAAGACAAAGUUCAUCUGCCAGGUUGCUCUACCAGCAGCUAUUUUAGGUGAGGGCACAGCAGGACUUCUCCAGACAGCAACUGCACUGCAGAAGGCGGACUGGCUUGAUCAGCCUGCCAGGAUCCCAGCCUUCCUGCUCUCUUAGCACUGUGCAUAGCGCCCAGGGGCACAGCCAAACAGAACUAACUUGGAAGCGUGGGCCAGUGGAACAGCACAGACUUGUGACUUAUGGGAGUCUAUGACUCUGAAAGUGAUGUGGCUCCAUUCAGCAGGCCUUAAUACACAAGGUACAAUUUCUCCAGAGGCACCUUGCAACCAUGCGGCGAUGGGCUGUGGAGGCUUGCAGAAUUAGUUGGGCUCCUGAUGCUGUGGGAUUGAGAAAAGUGGUUGUCCGAGGCUGUCCAUUAACUGCAGUGGGAGAGAUUUAAUGUAUGCCGCUUCUGCAUAAUGUUACACAGGGGGAAGGAACAAGGCCCCAGAGAACAUAGGAUUCCUCCUAAGUUACAUUACUCCUGGCUGUGCUCCUUAAUUGCUAUAGGGGCAGACAUUUUUGUUGCCACUUUAAAAGUGGGCUGGCACAGGGAUUUUGAGAAACAAUUCCAUCCUACCCAGUGGCCACAACUAAGUCAUAUGAUUUUCCCCCUUAAAUAUCUUAUGAGCCUCCAAACCCUCCCAGUCUGGAUCCCCUCAACCCAACUUCGCAGUUGGCAGAGAAAACUACACUCUUUCAUCUUCUCACAUAAAAAACCAAGAAUAAGCCCCAAAUACCUGCACCUCCCCACCUCAGAAGGAGGAUGGGGAAUCCUCAACAUAGAAGCAUAUUACAAUGCCAACCAAAUACGCCACAUAAUCCCAUAUAUACUAGAAGAUGAGACAAAACAAUGGGUACACCUAGAGAGGGACACAAUUGAAAACACCUGCACCACAACAUACCCACUCCUCCCAAACAAACUAAAGAAAAUUCCCACAACACUUAACAGGUACACACAGACCAUGCUCAAAGCAUGGAAAACACAAAUAGGCAAACUAUCUCCAACCCCAUCCCCACUAAUCCCCCUGGCGUACCACCCAUUAUUCCACCGUGCAGCACAAAACCUCAAGAUAAAAACCUGGCGAACCAAAGGCUUAUAUCGCCUAAUAGACUUUUAUAAAAAUAACAAACCCUUGUCAACACAAGAAAUGCAAGACAAACUAGAAGACACCCAAAUGCCCUGGUUAACACAACACCAACUACAUGCCCUCUUAAACAACCCAACAGUAAAAUCAACAGCAACUAGGCCCCUGACAACCUUCGAAAACCUCCUCCUAACAACAAAGGGAAACGGUAAAGGGACGGUAUCCGCAAUAUACAAAAUACUACUCCAAAAUCCCGCAGAUCCCCUAGACGCAAUCAAAAAACAAUGGGAGAAUGACAUAGGCUAUGAGAUUAACCCCACUCAAUGGACCAGAAUGUGGUCUAAACCCCCCUUUAAAUCCAUAUCAACGAAAAGAAAAGAACUCACACUGAAACUCACCUACAGGUGGUACCUAACACCAAGGAAACUAGCGCUAAUACACCCAGGAACCUCACCAAAAUGCUGGAGAGGGUGCACCUCCACAGGCACAUACCUCCACAUGUGGUGGGAGUGUCCCAAAAUCCAACUAUUCUGGACAACAGCCAUACAAGAAAUAUGUAAAAUAACUAAGCAAGUAAUAGACAUCACCCCAGAAUUGGCCCUACUAAACAUCUUCCAAGACAACAAUGCCCAUUUACACCACAAAGAACUCAUAACCCACCUGCUCUCAGCAGCCAGAAACACCAUAACCAGACACUGGAGAGACCUGUCAGGAGUAAGCAUGGACCAAUGGUACCAAAUAGUAUGGGAAACAGCCCUACUAGAAAAAUUAACUAAUAAACUGAAACUGACAUGGGGACAAACAGAAGAAGACGCCUUCACCCCGGUAUGGCUCCCAUUAUCACAUACACAGCCCAACAGGACAAUGACAAUAAUCCACCAACAGCAUACAAAUCAAUAUGGCUAACCUGAUCCAAAACACCCACCCACCUCACUCACACACGAAAACAAAGAUCACCAUAGCCAAUCACAAGCAAACAAUCACACCCUAGGCCAACCCCAACCUCUCUCACCACCAAAGGAACACAAGUGAACAACACAAGCAACGCUGACACCAAACUCUACAUACAUUAAACAUAAUAGAAACACUGCCACCCAACCCCAGCCCCCAUCCAUCUUCCCUCUCUCCACCCCCCUUUCUUUUUUCUUUUUUUUUCCUUCUCCCCCUAAUGCCUCAACAAAUGAAACGGAUUUGUAAAAAUGUUACAUGAAAAAAAAAAACGAGGCACUACACUUCUGUAAAACAAGAAAAUCCUUAAUAAAAUAUUUAAAACAAACAAACAAACAAACAAAUCUUAUGAGCCAAGUGAGCGGUUUGUAUUUUCCUGCUUCCCAGGGUUUUCUGCUUCCUCCAUAAGCACAUCACAUAAAAGAGAGAGAGAGCACCAGUUGAUUUGCAAAUGUGGAACAUCCCAGUUUCCAGUUUGAGUGUAACUCUAAUGAACAAAAUGGAGCUGUAGUAUUUGAAGACAUAUCUAUAGUGUCAUUUCUCUUAUACUGAGGGCUUAUCCAUGCUUCCUCCUUUCCUGCUACUUUCCCACAGGAAAAACAGCUCUUUAGCAGUCAAUCGGAGCAAACACAAUUUGGGUUUUCUCCAGAUUGACAUUUGCUCCUAUUUUACACUAAAGAGCAGGUUUUCCCUGCGAAAGGAGCUGGGCAAGGGGGAAACCGCUUGGACCCACGCCUAGAAAUCCCAGGUUAAGCAGAAAACCAUUCCAACUCGUGCUUUUGAGGCAGGGAACAAGCAGAAGCACUAAAUACUAUAUAUGAUGGAGGAUGAAUCUUUCCAGAAUAUGGGAGUGGAGCAUAAAGCACAUUCAUAAGCUAUUUGUUAUUGCUAUCUUAAUAAUAAUAAUAAUAAUAAUAAUAAUAAUUAGCAUGAAUCAAACAUUUUUGCUGUCUUUCAACAUGUAAAUGUGUUUAUUGUUUUAGGUUGAUAACAGCAUCAUAUGAUAAAAGUCUAAGGGCCUGGGAUACGGAAACAGGGAAAGUGCUUGUAUGUAUUGAUUUUUUAAUUAAAAACUCCCUAUUUAAUCACUAGAAACUAAACUUUCCUUUUACUCAAAUGUUUAUCCUUGCAAACACAUGCAGUCAUUUGCAAUGGGGGAAUAGUUUGGUGAAGCUUCUUGCAGUGAAAAUUGGUGGUAGUGGGGUUAUAGUUUUUUUAUUACUAUUAUGUUAUGCAUUUUGUGUUUUUAUUUUGUCAACCAGCCUGUGAUCUUCAGAUAAAGGUUGGUAUAUAAAUUUAAUAAAUAACAAUAAUACAGUAAUCUCAGCACUUGUCUGCUGCAAAUCAACUCCUCCCAAAACGACUUUUCUCGAACAAACGUUGAUUUUUCUGUGGGGAUUUCUGCCUGGGCUUCAAACGGAUUCCAAGGAUAAGCUAACAAAAAUCAGAAAUAUAAUUUUAAAAAUUAAGCAUACAGUCAGAAACUGCGUGAAAACAGCAGCCAGUGACAGAACACCUUAGAGUGAAAGUCCUGGGAAAACAGAAAGGUCUUUGGCACCAACCAGCGUGACAUAUCUGAAUGGGUGUCAAGCAAGCGUUCAUGUGGAGGGCCUUCCAUAAGAAUGGGUUAAAUUCAUUUGUGUGUAAUGUUUGGUUCCACCCUAAUGGUCUAAUUCAAUUGGUACAGAUUUUGAUCAUGUGAUUAAAAAACCAAAACAAUUAAAAAAAAUUAUAGCAAAAGAUAAACGUGUGCUGCAUUUCUUGUAUUCAUAUAUGAUUUCUGUCUCUGACCAGGAUUCUGGCUCUGACCAGGAUUAAGCUUUCAGUACUUACUUACUGUUCCUACUAAACAGGACUGGGCGUGAACCAUAGCCUUACCUCAGAAUGUUCUGAGGCAUAAAUACAAGGUGUGACCGGAAAGUUCGGUGAAUGGUCACAGAAAUCGGACAGCGAGAAAUAUUCGAACAUACACACCUUACAGGGCUUCAAAGUAGGCCCCCUCUGAUACAAUGCAGUGUUGACAAGGUUUGUAGAACUGUUGGAAACUUCUGGAGAAGUCCUCUUUUCAUACUGCUUUCAGUUCCCUUGUCACAGCAGUUUGGACAUCUUCGAUGGUUUGCCGACCUUCGUGGAAACGCUUAAACCACUCAUACACUGUCUUUCAGGUUACACCUUCAUCUCUGUACACAAUUUUGAGCAUUUUGUGGGUUUCCGAUGCUGGUUGUAUGUUCGAGUAUUUCUCGCUGUCCGUUUCUGUGACCGUUCACUGAACUUUCCGGUCACAUCUUGUAUAAAUGCUUAGAAGUGAGUUAAAUAUUCUUUUUUUAAAACCCGUGAGCGUGAUCCAGUCUGCCCUCUGCACGCUGCCAGAUACAUGGUGGGAGUGUCGCCUUGGUCUCAGUCACAAGUAACUUGAGCUGCAUCUGGGCUCAUGUGCGUAUAGGUUUGGUCCUUGGCUGAUCAUUAACCCUAAAAGCAUAACCUCAAGGGCUUCUCUUCUCUUCUCCAGUGGACUCUAGAGCAGGAUGGCCUUGUGACUUCAUGCCAUAUUUCUCACGAUGGCAAAUACGUCGCCUCCAGUUCAGACUUGGAAAAUGCUUUAUUCAUUUGUGGUGUAGAAGAUGCGAAAAAGGUGGCAUAUGUCAGAGGUAACAUUUUUAAAACUUGGUCACGAUCCUUUUCUUUAUACCUGUUGAAUGACUCCCAGACGUACACAUGCCUCUCAUUUCAGUGGGACGUGUACAGGAUACGAUUCUGUUUGGCUGUGCCCCUGCCCGUUUGCAUAUUGAUACAUGUUUACCUGAAUCUAGAGUAUAUAUGGAUUUCUUACAUAUCACCCUAGAAGGAGCAUGUCUUUGUACAUACUGUUUAAUACAUUGUUAAAUAUUUUAGUUCUGCUCUAUUGCUUUGUUGUAGAGCACAAUACAGCACACAGUACAGCUGAAAGCUUCAGUGACCCUAUUUACGUGGUUUAUCAUGACAACUAAUGUACGUAUGGUUAUAAAUGGAAAGCACUGUUUGCCAAGUACCCAAUGAAAUUGUGUGUGUAUAUAUUGUUGCAUGCACCCCAAUCUCUGUGUAGCAAGAUAUUCCACAGGUGUCUGUGCUUACCUAGGGUCUGGUUUCCUUUGAAUGACAGCCAAUGGAUAUACUGUGGUAUCUUUUGAAUAUAUGGUUUUAUUGAAACAUAUAUGAUCUAAACAUAGGAUGGAGAGGCUCGCAGCAUGAACACCCCAACAGAUCUUAAUGUUCUAGGGAAGCCUCAAGUCAUAGUUUUUGAGUCCAGCACAGAGCAAGACAUGGCUCUGCAGUCUCCAGCUUCCAGUGUCUGCCAAAAUUCACACAUGCACAGCCCCCCUCCCCAGCCUAUUGUUCCCCAUCCUAGGAUGACAUCAAGCCAGGUGAGUUGGGAAACGGCCCGUCCAUUUGUCUCUAUGGCAACCUCUUCGGACAUGUAAAUAGCAGUACUUAAGGCUAUGACCUUAACAAAGGAAUUAAUCUGACCAGUUUACCAGGUUUCCUCUUGUAGAUUCUAACCUCGCACAGGAUCACAGGUUUGGAAGGGACCAAUGGGCAUCAUCCAGAUUGACCCACCCCCCCAAACCUAUAAAAAUACACACACCACAUAUAUCUCCUGAGGAUACAUUCCUAUGGCACAAAAUUGAGCCAAUUGAAUUAACAGUGAAUUCUAAGGCUACUUUUUGAUGUGUAAAAUUGCUAAAAGUUGAAUAAAUCGGAACUCAAGUGGUGGGUGGGUAAACUGACUCCAAAAAAAUAAUAAUCAAGACAGUCUUACUGCCACUACUUCAGCAUUAUUAAACUGACAUUUUGCCCCAUACUUAGAUGCUUAGUUAUUGUGUGUGCAAGUGUUUCAGUUCCUGCUGUGUUUUGGAACUAUAGAGACAUACAUUAAAAAAACCAAAACCAUGACAAUAAGCUGAAACUCAGAUGUGAGUAACCAUCAGACUAGCUGGUAGCUCUAACCUUGUCCAAAGUGCUUGCAGCCUGUUACUUGGAGUGUUUCUUUUUUUCAGAGUAUCACAGAAGCACAGUGAGAAGGUGUCGUUUUGAUCCUCAGAACCAACGAAUAGCUACAGUGUCAUCUGACAUGUCUUUAAAAUUCUGGGAUAUUAUAGCACAGUCUACCACAGUCACAAUUGAGCGGUAAAAGAGACAGUGAAGCAGCUACUGAUGUGGCUCUCGUGAAGUCUGCUUCCUAUUAGUGUAAAAUCUGUAGCAGUUAAAUGGGUAAUGUGGCCACUUCCACUAAACUAGAUGUUAAUUUUGGAAUCUACUUUUCACAGUCAUUUUAUGGGAGGCCCAUCCACAUAAUAGUCACCCUCCUGUGUUUUCCCACUUGUGAGUGCUGAGAGUUCAGCUUUUCAAAAGAUUUUAUCUACUUUUCGAGCCGUAUUGUUUUGAUUUUGGCAGUGACGUAUCAGGCAGCUGAAUCUACCAAAGCUCAGUAUAUCCACACUAUCUGUUUUUUAACACUUUUCCAGAUAUAAUUUUAAAAAAUAUUAACAAAAUGGUCCUUUAAUGAAAGAGUGCUUGUUUCAUUAAUUUCAUAGCACUUCUUCUUUUUUCUUUUUUGAAGCCAAACCGUUUUUCUGAGAAAGAAAAAAAACAGGAGUCCAUUUUUUAAAGUAUGUCUGUUUGCACUCAGAACAUCCUUGGCCCCAACUCAUCUUUUCUCCUUAUCUACCAUGUCCAGACUAGCGUUACUUUUACUUGCACUUCACAGGUGAUUCUCCAAAGCUAGCCUUUGGAGGGCAUUGUGUUCCUGGGACAAAAAGCAUUUGCAGUUAUGAGGAUAGCCAGAAAGAGCAGCAACUGACCAGUAACUGGGUUUUUUCUGCAGUACCAGGGCUGAGGUCAAACAGUGUGCCCUACAGAAGAGUCAACACUGUAAAUUUGAUGGUAUCCUGCUGCAGUGAUCUGCACAUCUUUUUCAGGGCACACACCAAUGCAAUUGCAGAUUGCCGUUUCUCCUUGGAUGGCCAUUAUUUGUGCACAGCAGGUUGGGAUGAAGUCAUAAAGUUAUGGGAUAUCAGGACAGGGGAGUUCCGUUCCCAUGGACCCAUUAUUUUGGAUCAGGGCCACAUAGGAAUAGUUGGCUGCUGUGAUAUUAGUAAGGAUGGUGAGUAAUGUGAAAUGGCAUAUAAUGGCACCUUCUAUGCAAAUGUAUAAAUGUGAAAGAAAAGUGUGUUUAUUUCAGAUGAGUCACAGGGGUCAUGCUCAAACCACUAAUUAAGUUCUCAACUUUCAGAAUGAAAUGAUUUUCCGUUUUGAUUAAAAGGUUGCUCGUUUAAUUGAGGUAGACUGAACUUGAUGACUUACGGUAGAUUGUUGUUCAGUCAGCCUUCUAGAACACUCCUUAAUUGAUAAGCUCAUUAAGAUCUAUUGUUAGGUGAAAAUGUCUGAGCAGAGAAAUAAAAUGUCAAGCUGUAUGAUGCGGUGUCAGCCCCUGCUUGUUCUGUUCAAACCUCUGCCACUGUUUAAAAUAGCCACUUUCCCCCUAUAAGUAUGCUUCCAUCCUCACUUUACUCAAACUCCUGCCAUUGUUUUAAACCCCCACUUUCCCCCUUCUCGCUCUCAUGCCAUUACCGCAGUUGUUUUGCAACACACCUUCACUUUUGCUCCCCUCCCCUACCAUGACUUCCUGCAAAUCCAGGCCUGUGAUGUGGCCUAGAAAUCUCCCAAUGGGAGCUGCGUGAUGACAUUUUUACAUUUUUAUUAUAUAGAAAGAUAUGGCUUAGUAUUCUUAAUGCAGUAUUUCAGUUGUAUUAAAAGUCAAAUGUUCAUUCAUUUUUUCCUGCAUGAAUGAAUCUUAGUUUAUUUAAUAACAAAGCACAAGGCAGUCACCUGACAUAAUUUUAUAUUUCAGCAUCGCUUGUGGUGUCUGGAGGUUAUGACAAAACAAUCGUUAUCUGGGACUCGCGAGAGGCAUAUAAAAAGCUAUGUUUAAAGGUACUGUGUAAGCAUUUGCCUGGGCAAAGGAGGACUUAAUUUUGCUUCUGUAGAAGUUAGCUGUGAAACUCCAACUGACUAUGCAAGAUCAGUUCCUAAAUGAAAGAUAAUUUUUUUUGAAAAUGCUCUUUCUAUAAGAAUAAUUAAAUUGGUGUUUCUUUUUUUCUCCAUCUCUUCAUGUCAUGUUUGAUAUCCAGUAACAAUGUUUAAAGCACUGACAAUUUCUCUGCUUUUAUAGCUGAUCCAUUGGGCAGUGCCCACAUAUCUCCUGAUAGUGCAAUUCAGAAACCAUAUUCUGCACAUUCCCACCUUUGGUACUAAGCCAUUGAGUUGUGGUUGCUAGGAAACUAAACCAUAAUUCCUAGGGUGGUUCAUGAUCAAGCAUCACAGUUUUUUGAACAGCAAUUGUACACCCAAUAUUUUCACUUGUGUUGUUGUUUAGUCGUGUCCGACUCUUCGUGACCCCAUGGACCAGAGCAUGCCAGGCACUCCUGUCUUCCACUGCCUCCCACAGUUUGGUCAAACUCAUGCUGGUAGCUUCGAGAACACUAUCCAACCAUCUCGUCCUCUGUCGUCCCCUUCUCCUUGUGCCCUCCAUCUUUCCCAACAUCAGGGUCUUUUCCAGGGAGUCUUCUCUUUUCAUGAAGUGGCCAAAGUAUUGGAGUCUCAGCUUCACGAUCUGCCCUUCCAGUGAGCACUCAGGGCUGAUUUCCUUCAGAAUGGAUAGGUUUGAUCUUUUCGCAGUCCAUGGGACUCUCAAGAGUCUCCUCCAGCACCAUAAUUCAGAAGCAUCAAUUCUUCGGCGAUCAGCCUUCUUUAUGGUCCAGCUCUCACUUCCAUACAUCACUACUGGGAAAACCAUAGCUUUAACUUUUCACUUGUAAGUAACCAUAAUAUUGUGAGGCCUGUAUAUUCAAUAAUGAUUGAGGUUGGUUAAAGGUCCCCAGCCUCUUUUGGGGCUGUGGGCCCAGUUCAAAAUUUGAUAAACUCUUGCAGACAGGGCAGGGCUGGCUCACCCAUGAGGCAAAGUGAGGCAACUGCCUUGGGUUGCCAGAUCCGCAAGGACAGUAGAUCCCCUGUGAUCCCCCUUUGAUUCUGACUUCAACCCUUGGGUAAAGAUGCUUUGACACUUCCCCCUGUGCUUGAUGUCGAUAUUCACUCCUUCCUUGUUCCUGGUGUAGAUCUUCAUUCCUCGAUUCUUCCCUGGUGGUGGGGGAGGGAGGAGUGCCAGUUUGCGAUUCGCCUCAGGUGCCCAAAUGUCUUGGACCGGCCCAGAGGCAGGGCACCUCCACAACAGAAAUGGCUGCCCUGCAGCCUGGCUAGCCACAAAAGGCAAAUAACUUGCCCAGGGAACUGAGUUGCAAGGCAGAGGUUGGGUCUGAGCCCCAAGGGCCAAAACGUAUUUGCCUCCAGAAGGCAAUUCAACUUCGUGGAAGAAAAAGUGAUGGUGCUCAGAGAACUCCCCUCCCCUCCCCUCCCUGAAAGCACGCACAUAUGAAAUACACAAAUCCCACACAGAAAACAAAAUGUAACACAGGUCUCUCUCUCACACACACACACACUAAAACUCACAGGCAAAGCAUCUCCAGUUGCUUUACUCCCCACUUCAAAGCUUCCUAGGCAGUGGGACAGUCCCAUAUUUUUUCUUUUUUAAAAAGGCAGCCUCCACCUUCUCCCUUCCCUUUCCUGUCAAUGUUUCUCAGCACCACAUGGGAGUGGAAGCUUUGCUUUCUGGCCAAUAUAGAAACAAAACAAAUGUGCAGGGCUGAACCCUGGCACCCGUGGGUGCCAUGGGAGGGAAUGGUGGCAAUGUUUGUGUGCAUCAGAACAGAACUUCCACCCUGGCAGGAGGCCCCUUUCUUGUAGGGCUGCUCCCCUUCUCAUAACGGACAGAAUGACAAAUGCAUCGGCCGGAAAAGGGAAACAGAACCGUAGUUCUUCCAUAACAGUAAUUAAAACUAUUCACUAUGAAGUUCUGUGGAAGAUAUUAUAUUUAAAAUAAUAUAUUAAAAUUGUAUGUAAGCGCUUAAGAAAAAAUACAAAGUAUUGAUUAGAUUAUGCCAGAAACAGAUGGGGUCCCCCCCCCCGAGAGUCACAAAAGACUCACACCCCAAAUAUCUUGAAUGUAGAAUACAUCUUAUAAUGCACCUCUAAGCAGUUUUCAUCUGUGACGUUCACAACAGAAAAAGGCCUUCAGUAGUACAGUAUUGAAAUAAAAUAACAGUGAAACUAAUAGUGCAACCAUAAGCAUGCUUACUCAGAGGCAUGUUGCACUUAGUUCAGUAGGACUUGGCUCUCUACAAAUGUCUUAAGGGUGAACAAAAUCCCAUUUUUGUGUAAUCGGAAAACUGUUUCUUUGCAGGGUCAUGCAGGUUGGGUGACUGACAUUGCCUUGAGUAGCAACAAGAAGUGGCUUGUAUCUGCCUCAAAGGUAUCAUCAGUAAGCUUAGUUAAAUAAUUGGAAACAUAGUUCAGUGGCUGUCUUCCUCCCACUCCUGACUGCUUCCGUAGAUACCUCAUUGUGAUACUUCAAUCCCAUAAGGUUUUUUGUGGGCCCCUCAAAACCCUGACAAAUUUGUCCUAAAAAAAGAGAAAACCUUGAAGACCAUUCUCAUGAACCUCCUGCUAUGAGUCUGUGGUGCCAAGAAAUAUGUGUAACUGUACACCCACCCACACCUCGAUCCCCUCCAUUUUAAAUAUUUUAAAAUUGGCCACAACCACUUUUGCAUUUCAGUCACACCCACAAUGACAUGCAAAGGUGUGGCCCUUGGCCUGAAAAUGGUUACCCAUCCCUGCUGUAAAUUGAUAGAAAUCCUUCCAUUGUUUCAGGACUGUACUUUGAGAGUUUGGGACGUUGCAGAUGCCCAUGAAGUCCCUGUGGUGGUCCAGGCCAUUAGAACAAGAGGCUCCAAGUUAGCAAAGGUCAGUCUAUUAUUCCUCUCCUGGAUGUAACUACCCUACAAGAAUGUUUCCCUCUAUUUGUAUGUCCAUAUGCUGCCUCCUUUUCCUUUUAGCAAACCCCAACCUCAGAAUCCUAUGUGCUCUAAAGUCCAUUCUGCGAGCCACAGGUGCAUUUCACAGCCUUUGGAUCAAAGAAUGUUGAAGGGCAGAGCAUCAUUUAAGUCAGGGAUGAACUCUGGAACUGGUUUUGAAUGUCACACUUGAAUAUCGGAAACCAUCAUAAAGGAGAACAUCUGAAUAGCAGGAAGCUGCAUAUCCCAUAGUGCAUAGCAGCCUUCCCUGCUUCCAGAUCUUUUGGACUAUAACUCCCAGCAGCCAGCUGGUGCUUUCCCCACAUCCUUUCCCUACAGGAACAAGAGCUACCAGCAUGGCAUUCCUACGGCAGCAAAAAAAUAUUUGGGGGGAAGGUAGGCAAGCUUGCAUAUGUAUGUGUCUGGGUACAUCGUCAUUCCUGCACAGACUGACUGCAGUGCAUCUCAAAUGCAGGAUGCAACACGGUUGCCGAAACAAUGUAUUGAUUCCAGAUGGAAUUGCAGUCUUAACUUACUUCUGAGCACACAUGGUUAGGAUUGAGUUGUAAGGCUACAAUCCUGUUCUUUCCUGGAAGUAAGCAGCAUUAAACACAAUGGGGCUUGCUUCUGACUGAACGCAUACAGGAUUGCACUGCACUGCAACCAAGAAAUUAAGUCAUUUUUAUCUUGCCCCGCUCAUUUUGAUGGGACUUAAGUGAACCCAAUAUGGUCUGUCACCUAGUAAAAGGCUACUAAAAAAUUAGGAGCACGUGCUGAAUGUCUCUUAUAGAGUGAUUUCUGCUAAGCAUUCAUUAGCAUUUGCAAAAAUGGGUCUGCAUGUCAGUUUGUUUUUAGAAUGGAAAUUCCUCUUGUCUGAACCACUUAUAUAUUAUUUUUUCCUAUAUAAAAAAAUCUAGUGUGAAGAAUGUAAGAAGUCUUUCCUGCUCUUCCACAAUGAUGAAGACAAAGUAGAAAUCAAUUGUGUUUUCUGUCGGCUGGCAAGUUACAAAGAAAGUGUUCUGCCAGAUCCCCCUCCAUUACCUCCCUUGCCUCCUGAUUUUUAA